AUGGCUCAAGAAAUUGAUACUGAAGUAGAUAUUCUCUAUGAAAAUAUUAGAAAAGCUAAAGAUGUACUUUACUGUGGAGUAUGUUCUUUUCCUCCAGAGUACUGUGAAUAUGGAGAUUCUAGUAAAAAAUGUAUGAAAUGGCUUGAAGAGAAUUAUAUAGAUUUCUAUAAUAAGCUUUAUUCUGAAGAGAUAAUGUUAAUCAGACAAGAAAAUAUGACUCUUGAAGAGAAAAAGAAGAUGGAGGAAGAUAUUAAAAAGAAGAAUGCGAAAGAAGAUGCAAAAGAUGAGAAAAAGAUGAAAAAAAGUAUGUCUUCGAAAGUAGUUAUUAAAAGGAUUGAAAGAAAUAAAAAAAAAUAUGUUAUUUCAAUCCAAGGAUUAGAGCUUUUUAACAUUGAUAUUAAAAAAGCUGCAAAAUUAUUUGGAAAAAAAUUUGCUACAGGAAGCAGUGUAACUAAAAACGCAUCUGGAUAUGAUGAACUUAUUGUUCAAGGCGAUUAUAUCGAUGAAAUAUAUAAUUACAUUAUUGAAACAUAUCCAGAGAUACCAGAAAGCAAUAUAGAUUGUAUAAAAGAUAAACAGAAAAAGAAAUGA